AUGAUUGAAGUUGACAAUCUUAGCAAAAUUUUCAAGGUCUAUCAUCACCGCAAAGGGUUUUUCGGAAGUUUUGUGAACCUCUUUUCUCGAAAACACCGCAUCGUCCAGGCGGUGGACGGGAUUUCAUUCACGGUAAAACGUGGCGAAAUUGUGGGAUAUUUAGGACCAAAUGGUGCCGGAAAGUCAACGACUAUCAAGAUGCUGACUGGCAUUUUGGUGCCUACAUCGGGCAGUGUGACCGUGAAUGGGUAUAUCCCACAUCGACAGCGGAAGGAGAACGCUAAACACAUUGGGGUCGUGUUUGGACAAAGAUCACAUCUGUGGUUCGAUUUACCCGUUCAAGAGUCGUUUGAACUCUUACAACGUAUCUAUCGGAUUUCAGAGACGCAAUAUCGCUACAACGUCGAGAUGUUUAACGAAUUGCUCAGUCUUGGCGAUUUUUUCCAGACACCUGUUCGUCAGUUGAGUCUCGGUCAACGGAUGCGUGCCGACAUCGCGGCUGCCCUGCUCCACAAUCCAGAUGUUCUGUUUCUUGAUGAACCGACUAUUGGUUUGGAUGUUGUCGCAAAGGCGCGUAUUCGACAGUUUAUCCAAAAAAUUAACGCUGAACGGCAGGUCACGGUUGUGUUGACAACACACGAUUUGGACGAGGUCGAAAAACUCUGCAAGCGCGUCAUUCUCAUUGACAAUGCACGUCUCUGUUUUGACGGGGAACUCGCUACACUUCGGCGGUUACUUUCAACAGAACGGAUUUUGAGCGUUGAUUAUGCUGAAGUCUAUCCAGACAUCAGCAUCCCCAAGGCACACGUUACCUAUCGAGAAGGUGCUCGCGUGCAGUAUCGAUUCUCGCCAGAGGAGAUCAGCACGGCGGAUCUUAUCGGUACAAUCCUCCAGAAAUUCAAGAUUAUAGACAUAUCCGUCCAAGAACCUGAUAUUGAGGAGUUAAUCAAAACCGUUUACGAGGACAAUCUCACGCUUGAACGUAAAUUGACAGAGCCAAUAUCUCCAGGCACACAGGCGAAUUGA